GGAUAUAGUUCUCCACCCUGACUGAGUUCUCACUUCUGGUCAUUGCUGCAUAGGGAAGCCAAGACUUCACACAGUUCUGAUUGUCCCAGAAGCCUUGUGUUUGUCGAAACAUGACAAUGAGAUAUGAAAACUUCCACAACUCGGAGGGGGAGGAGAAAAACCAGGAAAUGAGAAAUGGUGACAAGAAAGGAGGAAUGGAGUCUCCAAAGUCUGCUCUAACAGCUCCUCCCCAGUCCUUCCUGUGGCGCAUCCUCUCUUGGACCCACCUCCUCCUGUUCUCCCUGGGCCUCAACCUCCUGCUGCUGGUGGUCAUCUCCGUGAUUGGAUCCCAAAAUUCCCAGUUAAGGAGGGACCUAGGCACCCUGAGAGCCACUUUAGACAACACCACCUCCAAGAUAAAGGCUGAACUCCAGUCCCUGGACUCCAGAGCUGGCAGCUUCGAAAAAGGGAUCAGUUCUCUGAAAGUGGAUGUGGAGGAUCACAGGCAGGAACUGCAGGCAGGCCGAGGUUUGAGCCAGAAGGUGACUUCUCUGGAGAGCACAGUGGAGGAGAAGGAGCAGGCUCUCAAAACAGAUCUGUCUGAUUUAACUGACCAUGUGCAACAGCUGAGGAAGGACUUGAAGGCCCUGACGUGCCAGCUGACCAACCUCAAGAACAACGGCUCGGAAAUGGCCUGCUGCCCGCUUCACUGGAGGGAGCAUGAAGGCAGCUGCUAUUGGUUCUCUGAGUCUGAGAAGUCGUGGCCUGAAGCCGACAAGUACUGCAGGCUGGAGAAUUCUCACCUGGUGGUGGUCAACUCCCUGGAGGAGCAGAAUUUUCUACAGAAUCGCUUAGCCAAUGUGCCUAGUUGGAUCGGCCUAACGGACCAAAACGGGCCCUGGCGAUGGGUAGAUGGGACCGACUUUGAGAAAGGUUUCAAGUACGUGUGUCACCUACAGCUUGCUCCCCUCUACCUUGGACUAUCCAAUCUCUUCAGCAUCUUUAGUGACCCUAGGGAUUUAGGGGAUGCUCCUGUUGACAUGGCUGAUGGCUGGAUCUGGAGCUCACGGUUCUUUAUUUUCAGGAAUUGGAGGCCACUGCAGCCGGAUAACUGGCAUGGACAUAUGCUAGGUGGAGGUGAGGACUGUGCCCACUUCACUUAUGACGGUCGUUGGAAUGACGAUGUCUGCCAGAGGCGUUAUCGUUGGAUCUGUGAGACAGAGCUGGGCAAAGCCAGCUGAGCCCGCUCCCCACAACUUAUAGCUUCAGUUCCAUAAGACUCAGUCAGAUACCUGCGUUGCUAAUCACUCGAUCUUGGUAUCUCCACCCUCUGGGGAGGGAGGGUUUUUUGCUAGUACUUUAAGGGGUAGAUAAAGGAUGGUAUCUGAGGAAUGUGAUGUGGUGGAAGCUGACGCUGUGUACAGUGUUCAGCCUGUG